CAAUCCUACUCCCGUGCUCUAGGAUAUUCGCGUUCGAAGCAAGCGCAUAGCCUUCUGCGCAGUGGGCCCCACCACAUGCAAACGGCAUUCCCCAACCUUCCGAUCUCAAGCUUUAAUGGUGGAAUUCAGGGCUUGUCCAGAACAUUUCAUCCCAAUCGAAUUCCUCUCCCCUUUGCCCUUUUUUCCCAUAAAGCCCCUGCAAAUACCUACAGUUUUCCAUUCUCCAGUGAAGGACGGAACAGUAAUAAGAGGAAAGGAGGAGAAAAUGGGAAACACGUCGUCGAUGCUUACUCAAUACGACAUUGAAGAAGUUCAAGAGCACUGCAAUCACACUUUUACGCAGCAAGAGAUUGUAUCGCUGUACCAGAGGUUCUGCCAGCUCGAUCGGAAUGGCGGCGGAUUCAUCUCGGCCGACGAGUUUUUGUCCGUACCGGAAUUCGCUGUCAAUCCUCUCUCUCAGAGAUUGCUAAGGAUGCUUGAUGGGUUGAACUUCAAGGAAUUUGUGGCAUUCUUGUCUGCAUUCAGUUCUCAUGCGAGUCUUCAGCAGAAAAUUGAACUCAUCUUCAAGGUUUAUGAUUCAGACUGCAAUGGGAAGGUUACCUUCAAUGAUGUGUUAGAUGUAUUGAGGGAUUUGACGGGAUCCUUCAUCUCUGAACAGCAGAGGCAGCAAGUUCUGACCCAUGUCCUAGAAGAAGCUGGCUACACAAAGGAUUCUUUGCUGGUUUUAGCUGACUUUAUGAAGAAUCUCGAAAGCUCUGGUUUGAAGAGUUUGAAGAUGGAGGUUGAAGUUCCAGUUGAUUAGAGAACGUUCUGACCAUCCAUUGCAGUUAAGGGAGCGACAGGGCCAAUGCUGGUGGAGUACUCAAUAAGUAUACAGGGGAGAUGUGUCCACCGUUGGAGUUCUGUAGAGAUGUAUCAAUCAGGGCUGUCCAUCAAGUGGACCCUAACAUGGAUGGCUUAUAUUUCAAGAAAUCCCCUCAAUAGACAAUCAUAUCCAUCUUCAUCUUCCACAGCGCUAGGUUGUAGGGCAAUCUUUCUGAUAUUUUACUUCUAUUUUGGACCACACAUUAUUUUAUUUCAACCAUCCAUCUAUCAUGGUCAACAUAAUCGGAUCAUCAUCAUGCUGGGGAAAUAAUGUUAAUCAUCUAUAUAUUAUUAUUAUUUUAAUUUUUUCCAUUCGAAUUUGGGCCACUGGCUAUUAUACUUUUAACCAUCCAUUUGUGAGUCAUUAAUUGUAUGGUUAGGAUUGCUCGAACAGUGUAACACUAAGGAUAUACUCCAUCCACAAUGGAACCCACAAUUUGGAUGGUUCGGAUAGCUUUAAAUCAGUGUUAUAGGGGAGGAGAUGGUCAUCA